AUGAUCGGGAGCCUCAGCCUCCAUUCAUCUCUGAGGUACUGUGUUUCGCUCUGCUUGCGGGGCCACCCAGUCCGCUGCUGCGGCGCCUCCUUCCUUCCUCCUUCCCUAGCGCCCUCUAGCUCGCCAGAGCCUUCCCUGCCAGCCUGCGUCACCGCGGCCGCCACGGCUGAGAAGGGCGAGAGCAGCGGCCCCCCGCGCCCCUCCCAUGGCCCUGCUGCAGCCCCAGGCACGGACCCUGAGCCGGCCGAGCCCAAAAUCAUCAAAGUAACUGUGAAGACUCCCAAAGAGAAGGAGGAGUUCGCGGUGCCCGAGAAUAGCACCGUCCUGCAGUUUAAGGAAGCGAUUUCCAAACGCUUCAAAUCGCAAAUCGAUCAGCUCGUGCUGAUUUUUGCCGGAAAAAUCUUGAAAGAUCAAGAUACCUUGAUGCAGCAUGGCAUCCAUGAUGGACUGACUGUUCACCUGGUCAUCAAAAGCCAGAAUCGCCCUCAGGGCCAGUCAACCACGCAGCCUAGCACUACUGCAGGAACUUCCACGACCACGACCACCACCACCACCACGACGCGAGCGUCGACCACGGGUCCCAGGAGUAACCCCACACCUACGGUCACAAAUAGCAAUCCGUUUGCAUCGGGGACCCUGGGAGGACUUGCUAGCCUUAGCAGCCUGGGUUUGAGCUCGACCACCUUCACUGAGCUUCAGAACCACAUGCAGCACCAGCUCAUGUCUACCCCUGAGAUGAUGAUCCAAAUCAUGGAAAAUCCCUUUGUUCAGAGCAUGCUUUCGAAUCCUGACCUGAUGAGGCAGCUCAUUAUGGCCAAUCCUCAGAUGCAACAAUUGAUUCAGAGAAACCCAGAAAUCAGUCACCUACUGAACAACCCAGAUAUAAUGAGGCAGACUCUCGAAAUCGCCAGGAAUCCUGCCAUGAUGCAAGAGAUGAUGAGAAACCAAGACCUGGCUCUCAGCAAUCUCGAAAGCCUCCCAGGUGGCUACAAUGCUCUGCGGCGCAUGUACACUGACAUUCAAGAACCCAUGCUGAAUGCCGCACAGGAGCAGUUUGGGGGUAACCCCUUCGCCACGGUGGGGAGCAGUUCCUCCUCGGGGGAAGGCACCCAGCCUUCCCGCACAGAAAACCGGGAUCCACUGCCCAAUCCUUGGGCACCACCGCCGGCUACCCAGAGCUCUCCGACCACCACCACGACCACAAGCAGUGGCAAUGUGCCUGGCAGCACCUCCGCUAGAACGCUCAAUGGGAACACCGUGGCAGCAGCUAGCUAUGUUGCUAGCAUCUUCAGUACCCCGGGAAUGCAGAGCCUGCUGCAGCAGAUAACUGAAAAUCCCCAGCUGAUUCAGAAUAUGCUGUCUGCACCCUACAUAAGAAGCAUGAUGCAGUCGCUGAGCCAGAAUCCAGAAUUGGCUGCCCAGCUGAUGAUGAGUAGCCCGCUGUUUGCAGCAAAUCCUCAGCUGCAAGAGCAGAUGCGUCCGCAGCUUCCGCAUUUCCUGCAGCAGAUGCAGAAUCCAGACACACUUGCGGCCAUGUCAAACCCGAGAGCAAUGCAGGCGUUGAUGCAGAUCCAGCACGGGCUACAGACACUAGCCACUGAAGCACCUGGCCUCAUUCCAACCUUUGCUCCAGGUUUGGGGUUGGGAAUCCUGGGAACCACCCUAACCCCUGUGGGCCCAGUCACUCCCAUAGGGCCCAUCGCUCCUACUAUAGUUCCUUUCACACCCAUAGGCCCCAUGGGGCCUAUUGGACCCACUGUUCCUGUAAGCUCUCCUGGCUCCACCGGCACUGGGAUCCCCACUGCAACCACUGUGACCAGCUCUGCACCUACUGAAACCAUAAGUCCAACUUCAGAUUCUGGUCCCAGCCAGCAGUUCAUUCAGCAGAUGGUGCAGGCCCUGGCUGGAGCGAAUCCUCACCAGCUGCCGAAUCCAGAAGUGAGAUUUCAACAGCAACUGGAACAGCUCAACGCCAUGGGCUUCUUAAAUCGUGAAGCAAACUUGCAGGCUCUAAUAGCAACAGGAGGCGACAUCAAUGCGGCCAUUGAGAGGCUGCUGGGCUCUCAGCCAUCGUAAUUACAUUUCUGUACCUUGAAAAAAAUGUAUCUUAUUUUUGAUAAUGGCUCUUAAAUCUUUAAACACACACAAAAUCAUGCUUUACUUUU